AUGGAUUGUUUUGUUGGCAAGAAAAAGAGCAACCAAUGUGAGAAAGCUGGUCUUAGAGGGCUGACAGAGAAGGUAAUGCUUUUCCAAGAGGAAAGGAAAGCUAUAAUGUAUGAGAGAGAGAAAGAGACCAGAGCUUAUGAGAGAGAGAUGAUGGUUUUUGCAUUUAAAGAAGCAGAGUGGAAGCAAGAGAGGAAGAAGCUCAAAGAGGAAGUAAAGAGAUUGAGAAAGGUAGCGGAAGAGAAAGAUGAGAGGAUUAGUGUCAUGGAAGGUUGGUCAGCAGGAGAGAAAAGUGAAAAAGAUGGAGAAUUAUUGGGGGCUGCUAGCUUCCUGGUGGAGCAAAUGAGGGAGGAGAGAGUGUGGCGCGACGAGGCUGUGGAUAAGUGGAAGAAGCUAUAUCUUGCCAUCAAGGCCGAGCUUGAUGAUCUCAUCCAGAAGACUCACCGUGGAGAGGGUUUGUACUGGAGAGCGGAGGAAGGAGAAAUGAUUGAGGAGCUAAAGAUGGAAGCGAAGGCAAAGGAGGGAUGUAUCGAGGAGCUGAAAGCACGAUUAGCCUUUGUGGAGAAAGAAGAACAAAAUAGGGCAAGAGAGGUAGAUAUUCUGCGGCAAAGCUUGAGGAUCAUGAGCAAUAGGAAGGGAUCCAGCUUUGCUCUUAGCAAACCAAAGUGGGCACUUGGGAAACAGGCUAAAAAGCAUAACUAG